AGAAUCACGACAUGUCGACUGGCGACCCGAGCAAAGUUUUUGGAACUGAUUACGAUUCCAGAUAACUCUCAAGCAGCGUGGUAUUAUGACUUCAAUUCAUCAUGAUUCUAUUUUCUAAUUGGAGGGCAGUCGGGAAGGGUUGUAACUAAUUCCCACAGUAUGAACGGUGUUGAUGGUCCCGACAUGCACGGGCCACCAAGCGAUGCACUCGGAUUGAGAAGCCGGUGUAACCAGCAGUGGUUCUUGGCACAAUGAAAAGCAUCAGAGAUAAAUAUGUACGGUGUUCUAAGCCUCCCUCUUCAUCUCCCCCUCUCCACCAUGUCGUCCUCUGGACCAACAAUUCCACAAACUGAAGUUGCCGGGACCGUCUUGCUCAGCGUUUCGGCGGUGGUCACUUCAUUCCGUUUGUUCGUGCGGAUGCGACAAGGCCGUCUAUGGCUAGACGAUGCAUGGGCCGCAGUUGCUAUGAUGAUUAAUAUCGGUUUUUUGGUGGUGCUCUGGUUGUACCUGCAGGACUACGCUCAAUAUCCCCGAAAUACAAAGGUGGCGCUCUAUUAUAUGGGCACGCAAUUCUUCAGUGCAGGUGUUUGGUCGUCCAGGAUCUCGAUUUUAUUCACGGUCGUGCGAAUGACUUUCCCUGGCUCGCUAAGGAGAUGGCUAGUACGCACUGCCAUCGCAUUCUUUAUGACGGCGAUUAUUUUGGGUGCACAAAUCUUUUGGACGUGUGAAGCAGAAAGUGGUUGGAAAUCACAACCGCGUCCUCAGUGCGAUCUAGGUAGGAAUGUUGCCAUUGCGCAGAUAAUUACCGACGUGCUCGGUGAUACGAUCUUGAUACUGGCUCCGUUCCACCUGAUUUACAAAGUCAGACUCACUAAGCCUCAAAAGCUUCGACUUCUGUCUAUUUUUUCGGCGUCUGGUGCAACCACCGUCGUCAGCCUAACCCACGCAUAUUACCUGCUUUCCAAUGGUGGGUUGAAAGAAGUCUUGGCUGCCAUAGUCGAGUUGUCUAUUAGCUUGAUUGUGGCGAACUUGAGCGUAGUUGUCGCGUUUCUCUUCCGUAUCAGCACUGAAGAAUCCACAACCCCUGCUCCGCUGGAGCUCAAGUCCAUAAUCACCUUCGGGUCACAACCAAUUCGGAAACGAGCGCCGUUCGAUCCUCUCUCAACGCCAACGAUGAUGGUUGGGAUCGAGACCUCGACAAUAAGACUGAAUGGUUGCAGCACAUCUCCCGCGCGAGCUGCUGGAAAAGGUGGUCAAGAUCCCGAAGUUGUAUCCCUUGAAACGCUUUCCAAGCCAGGUCCGUUCGGUGACGCUUGAUGUGUUUGAUAUACUGUCAUAUACCUUUUCUCUACGGUACAUAUCAUUCUCUUUUCCAUUUCUGCUUGAACGAUAUUUCCGGUCCUGAGUGACCAGACUCUUCAGUCACAUGGGCUUGACAUCAUAAAAUCGACAUCCAGUGUCGUUGCCUGCACCACACUCCUCUGGUUGCGUUCCUAUCACUCGGAAUAAAUGUUGAUCCCAUGCUCCACUGGUACGGCUUUCCAUUGUCCCUUGCCCUCAAGAGGUGGUUGUAAGCUGCCCACUUCCACCCAAGUUGGUCAAGGAAGGACUCGAAUCAAAACGAAAUGACACAUCCGGUC